AUGACUCUUGGGAAGUCCUACUGCGUCGAGUCGGCCAGUGAAUCUGUGUCUGAGCCAAAACCUGAGCCGAAGCCCUCAACCACGAAGCCUUCUAAUGAGAUCAAAACUCCCGACACACUCCAACCCGGUAUCGUGAGUAACUGUAACAAGUUCUACAUGGUUAAAUCGGGGGAAGGAUGUGCUACCGUUGCUUCGAAGAACGGGAUCACCCUAGCUGAGUUCUACAAGUGGAAUAACAAAGUCGGUUCUGCAUGUAACGGUCUUUACGCGGAAGCUUAUGCUUGUGUAUCUGUCAUCGGGCACACCUCUGCUACACCAGUACAGACCAGCAAGCCAUCGAACGGCAUCGAGACUCCUUCACCAAUUCAGGAUGGUGUUACAAAGGACUGCAAGAAGUUCCACUUCGUUCAGACAACCACGACGUGCGCGUCAAUCGAGGAGUACUAUAAGCUGCCUUUUGCGACUUUCAAGUCCUGGAACCCAGCUGUCGGAAAUAACUGCCAGUCGUUGCUAGCCAACUACUGGGUCUGCGUCAAGGUCAAGGGCUGGAAGCCAAGCACGCCCACGAAACCCAGCAAGCCAGCUAACGGCAUCGAGACACCUGCAAUAAUUCAACCAGGCUUGGCAACCUCUUGUAACAAGUUCCACAAGGUAAAGAAGACCACAACUUGUGCAUCAAUCCAAGACUAUUAUAAGAUCACGAUGGAACAGAUCGCCCAGUGGAACCCAGCAGUUGGCUCCAAAUGCACAGCGCUUUGGGCCGGAUACAGUGUUUGCGUCGGUGUUAUAGGUCAGAAGCCAUCUCCGACUAAGCCUAGCAAUGGGGUCAAAACGCCAUCUCCAGUUCAAAGCGGGGUCACCAAGUCUUGUAAGAAGUUUCACAUGGUACAGAAGACUACGACCUGCACUUCAAUUCAAAACUAUUACAAGAUUACAAUGGCACAGCUAUAUAAGUGGAAUCCUGCUAUUGGAGCCAAGUGCACCAAUGUGUGGGCCAACUAUAACGUUUGUGUGGCGGCGUAG